UCCUGGAUCAGCACCCCUAAAACUCAGCAUCUAGGCUUGGAACCGGAGGGAGAAGAACAAUGGAAACCACUAGGUCCAGAUGCCUAAUCCUUUCAUUUGUCCUAAUGUGUGGGCUGCUUCCCGAAGUUACAGCAGAUGAUGAAGAAGCCUCGGAUGGUCUCGGCGGGACCCAGGAGCCCAUAUGGCUCACAGACGUCGCAGCUGCUGUGAAGCUCGUUGGUGCUGCUGAGGUGGCCAUCAUAGGCUUCUUCCCGGAUUUAGAAACACCGAUAGUGUCCGUGUUCCGCAGCAUGGCACAACAGUUCCAGGACGUUUCGUUUGGGAUCAGCAACAGUUCUGAGGUUCUGACCCACUACAACAUCACCAGCAGCAGCAUCCGCCUCUUCCGUUUGGUUGAUAACGAGCAACUGCAUUUGGAUGCCAAAGACAUUGAAAAUUUAGAUGCUGCCAAACUGAGCCGGUUCAUUCAGAUGAACAGCCUCCGCUGGGUGACCGAGUACAGCCCCCUGGUCGCAGCCGGCUUAUUUAACACCAGGGUUCCAACUCAUCUUCUCCUGAUGAUGAACAAGGCUUCCCCGGAGUAUGAGGAGAGCAUGCGCAGAUACCUGGAGACGGCCAAACUCUUCCAGGGUCGGAUUCUCUUCGUUCUGGUGGACAGUGGCAGAAAGGAAAAUGGAAAGGUGAUAUCCUAUUUCAAACUAAAGGAGUCUCAGCUGCCAGCUUUGGCCAUCUAUGACACAGUGGACGACAAGUGGGACACGAUGCCCAUCCCAGAAGUGACUGUGGAGAAAGUCCAAGGCUUCUGCGAGGGAUUUCUAAAGGGGGAGCUGCUGAGAGAUCACAGAGCUGAAGAAGGUGCGGGGAAGGAGGAGCUCUGACCCGUCCCUGGAACUUCUCCUCACUGCCCCAUGUCUAUUCUGUGUUGAAUAAAAAAGGGCAGUUUCUGUCUCUGCGACACUACCCAGGAUCAUCGGGUGUUCUCACAAUGGGCAGGAGGAUCAUAGUCCUUUGUGUCUCAACA